GUUUGUAAGACCUGCCCAAGUUUAAAAGAUCUAGAGGGAAGACAAGGAACAACAUUCAACCAUGAGACUCACACUCGUUGCAGGCAUGUGCCUGGUGCUCUGUCACCUUGGUGCAUCCAUGGACAUGGGUUGCUAUUUCACCAACUGGUCCCAGUACAGACCAGGCACUGGGAAGUACAUGCCAGCCAAUGUGGAUCCAUUCCUGUGCACGCAUCUGUUCUACGCUUUUGCCAUGAUCAACCACGCCAACGAGCUGGUCACCUACGAGUGGAACGAUGAGACGCUUUACGCUGCUUUCAACAACCUCAAGACUAUCAAUCCAUCAAUGAAGACUCUGCUGGCUAUUGGAGGCUGGAACUUCGGCUCCUCACAGUUCUCCAUCAUGGUGUCCACCCCCGCCAAUCGCCAGAAGUUCAUCCAGUCCUCCAUUAGCUUCCUGAGGAAGUACGGCUUCGAUGGAAUGGAUCUGGAUUGGGAAUACCCCGGCUCUCGCGGAAGCCCCCCUGAGGACAAGCAGAGGUUCACCCUCCUGUGUAACGAGCUGAUUGUUGCCUAUGAGGCGGAGGGCAAGGCUACUGGACGCCCUCGCCUGAUGCUCAGUGCUGCCGUGGCUGCCGGAAAGGCCACCAUUGAGGCCGGAUAUGAAAUCAACGAGAUUGCCAAGUCUCUGGACUUCAUCAACAUCAUGACCUACGACUUCAACGGAGCCUGGGCAACAUACACCGGCCACAACAGCCCUCUGUACCAGGGCUCUGCUGACAGCGGAGAUCUCAUCUACUUCAACACUGACUACGCCAUGAACUACUGGCAUGAUCAUGGCACCCCACUGGAGAAGCUGAGGAUGGGCUUUGCCACCUACGGCCGUACCUUCCGUCUGUCCUCCACCGACACCAGCGUGGGAGCCCCAGCCGCGGGCGCCGCGUCCGCCGGUACCUACACCAGAGAGGCCGGCUUCUGGGCCUACUAUGAGAUUUGCGGUUUCCUGAACGGCGCCACACAGAACUGGAUCGAUGACCAGAAGGUCCCCUAUGCAGUGAAAGGCAAUGAAUGGGUUGGAUACGACACAACCGACAGCUAUGACAUUAAGGUCAAAUACCUGAAGGACAAGAAGUUCGGUGGUGCCUUCGUCUGGGCCCUUGACUUGGAUGACUUCAACGGACAGUUCUGCGGCGAGGGCAAACACCCCCUCAUGUGGCACCUGCACAAGUCCCUGGGGAUCAAUUUCCCUCCUCCCCCACCCACCACCACCCCCAAGCCUGGCCAGAGCACCGUGCCCACUACCACCACUACCACCACCACCACCCACAAGCCCGGCCCUGGCUGGUGCAACGGCAAACCCAACGGCAUCUACGCCAACCCAGACAGCAAGACAUCGUUCUACGAAUGUGACAGAGGGGAGACCUACCUUAAGCACUGUUCUGCUGGCACCGAAUUCGACGACGCCUGCAAGUGCUGCAACUGGCCUAAAUAAGAUAACUGGCCUAAUAAGUGUGGCGGACACUAAAAAAGAAGCGUUGCCAGACUUGCUUUUGAAAAACAGACAAAAAAGUGCAAUAGCACACUGCUGCAGAAAAUCGUGGCGAAAUCGCAGUCUGUCAGUGCUGUCUUAUGUCAUGCUGAGAUACUAGAUAAAUGUAUAAACUUUGUUUGUGCUUGUGGCGAUCUUCCGACCGUAGUAGUAACUAGUGCAAUUAGUAAUGUAUUUUUAAAAUCUGUACAUUUGAAAUAAAAAGGGGGCUUUGAACACUU